UGUCUUUCUCUAUCACUCUGAGUAAAUCCAUACGCUUUGGUAUCUUUCAUAGACAGUAUAUGGUAUCUUUAUGACUGCAUGGUCCUCGCGCUCCAACCAACCAGCGGACUACUUUUUUUCCUUCCCAGACGAAGGGGCGGAAACGAUACAUUUGACUGUAGUCAAGCUCUCGGCUCUGUAUUUCAGCAACAAAUCAAGACAAACAGCGACGUUAUCACAAUAUAAUUACGAGGCAAAGACUAUCGUGUUGUUUUAAAUCGGUUCAGGUGGAAGUUCAAGUGUUUUCUUUAAUUGUAGCGUUAAGUCAUCGUAACCUGCUGGUCCCCAGGUCUACCUGAUGAGUAUGAGCCUGACUACAGAACCCCCUAACGAUGUUCCUGCUGUUACAGAAGAGAGCAAAAUGACUACUGUCGAGAAGGACAAGAAGCCAGAUGAUGUGGAAGAGGAAGAGGAGGAGGAGGAAGAAUAUGUGGUGGAAAAGGUCCUGAAUCGGCGGGUGGUGAAAGGGAGAGUAGAAUAUCUCCUCAAGUGGAAAGGCUUCUCUGAGGAAGACAACACGUGGGAGCCAGAAGACAACCUGGACUGUCCAGAUUUGAUUGCAGAAUUCCUGCAGUCCCAGAAAUCAGCACACGAGGGUAAGAGGAAGGCAGCUGGAGACGCAGAAGGAGACGAGAGUAAAACGAAGAAGAAAAAAGAUGAUACAGAGAAGCUGAGGGGCUUUGCUCGAGGGCUGGAUCCAGAAAGGAUUAUCGGUGCCACAGAUUCCACGGGAGAGCUCAUGUUCCUCAUGAAAUGGAAAAACUCCGAUGAAGCCGACCUGGUGCCGGCGAAGGAGGCCAACGUGAAGUGUCCGCAGGUGGUCAUCUCUUUCUACGAGGAGAGACUUACUUGGCACUCGUAUCCCACCGAAGACGAGAAAAAAGAUGACAAAAACUAACACAGGGCGAAGGGGUAGGGGGAAAGAUUAUUCCAGAGGUAUUUUGGGGAGAUCGGGGGGGCGGGAAGACAAGCAAGGCACCAUUGGACUCAUUUGUCUUAUGGUACAGCAUCACUCAUUUGAUUAGACUUUUAUCUGGAUAGUCAAACUGUAUAUAUGCUUCAAGUUUGCUUGACAAAACCCAACUGAAAUUAAAAAAAUAAAAUAAAGCAGUGUUAAUUUUCAGUGUCGACUCGGCCACUUCAGUAUCACUUUCACACGUGGUCCAGUGCUCGGUCAUCUUGCUAUGAGAUUGUAUCCGUGAGGUGGGUUUUAUUUCAUCCGUGUGCCUUUUUUUUUUGUUUUUUACUUGGUUCAUUGGUGCUUUUGAGGGCAAAACUGUGUCCAUCUCAACUGUUUCCUUCUGACUUGUUUAGUUCACGGUUACAAACCCCUUUCAGUGGUUAAUUUGGUCAUUGGUACUCUUUGUGGUGUUUUUCAUUCUCGUCUCUUGCUUGUCGGUUUUUGGAGAAUAAACCACUUUUUGUUA